AUGGAUGCUUUUAGUUGGGUUCAACGUGACAGUUAUCUUCCAAUGGGUUCACAAUCGUUAAAAGCUGCAACAAGAGAAAAAUUGCGUUAUGAUCCUAUUGAAUUGGAUCCAGAAGAAAUGGUCCCAAUGGCAAAAAAUCAACCAAAAGUUUUGGCUAAUUAUUCAGUUUCUGAUGCUGUUUCAACUUAUUAUUUAUAUACAAAAUAUGUUCAUCCUUUUAUUUUUGCUUUAUGUACAAUUAUUCCUUUGUCUCCAGAUGAUGUUUUGCGUAAAGGUUCAGGAACAUUAUGUGAAGCUUUGUUAAUGGUUCAAGCAUUCCACAGCAAUAUAAUAUUUCCAAAUAAACAAAUAAUUAAAGAAAAUAAAAUGACUUUGGAUGGACAUUUAAUUGAUAGUGAAACUUAUGUUGGUGGGCAUGUUGAGGCUAUUGAAUCUGGAGUUUUUAGAGCUGAUAUAGCUUGUAGGUUUAAAUUGGAUGUUGAAGCAUUGGAACAAUUAAAGGAAGAAGUUCGUCCAACAUUAGAACAUUCACUUUGUAAUGAUGCAAAAAUAUUAUUACCAGAAGUUUCAAAUUUUGAAUCAAUUUGUGAACAAAUUGAACAAUCCUUGGAUGCAUUAAUUGAAAAACCUUUAAGAACAGAACAUCCAGAACUCUACCAUUUAGACGUUGGGGCAAUGUAUCCAAAUAUUAUUUUGACUAAUAGACUUCAGCCUCCAGCAGUUGUAAACGAAGAACAAUGUAUGGCCUGUAUUCAUAAUGCACCUGAUGCUAAAUGCAAAAGAAAAAUGGAUUGGGUUUGGAGAGGGGAAUGUAUUCCUGCCUCAAAAGGAGAAUAUGACAGGCUUAUGAUGCAAUUAGAACAAGAAAGAUUUGGAAAGCCACCAAAGCCAUUCAAUGCUUUACCUAAAGAGGAAAGAUUAAAAAUUUCUAAAAAGAGAAUUACAGAAUAUUGCAAAACUGCCUAUAAAAGAUUGCAUGAUACAAAAAUAGAGCAAAGAAAUACAACAAUAUGUCAACGGGAACACUCUUUUUAUGUAGAUACUGUUAGAGCUUUUAGAGAUCGACGUUAUGAAUAUAAAGAAAUGCAUAAGAAAGCAAAAGCAUCAGUAGAAGCAAUACCUUCAAGUCAUUUGGCUGAUCGUAAAUCUGCACAAUCUAGAGUUAUACUUUAUGAUUCUCUUCAAAUGGCACACAAAUGUAUUUUAAAUUCUUUUUAUGGUUAUGUUAUGAGAAAAGGUUCUAGAUGGUUUUCUAUGGAAAUGGCUGGAAUUGUAUGCCAUACAGGCGCUAAUAUAAUCCGCGAAGCACGUCAAUUAAUUGAACGUAUUGGUAGACCAUUAGAGUUAGAUACAGAUGGAAUUUGGUGUUUACUUCCUUCCUCUUUUCCACAAAAUUUUGUUUUUGAAACUUUGAAUGGCAAAAAAAUUAAAAUUUCCUACCCUGCUGCUGUCUUGAAUGCUUUGGUUAAAGAUCGAUUUACUAAUGAACAAUAUCAUACAAUUAUUGAUGAUGGGGAAUGUAUAAUAUCUAGUGAAAAUUCUAUUUUCUUUGAGGUUGACGGUCCUUAUUAUGCAAUGAUAUUGCCAGCUUCCAAGGAGGAAGGAAAAAAGCUUAAAAAACGUUAUGCCGUCUUUAAUUUUGACAAAACCUUGGCUGAAUUAAAAGGAUUUGAAGUUAAAAGACGUGGAGAAUUAGCAAUAAUAAAAUAUUUUCAAACAGAAGUUUUUAAGUGUUUUUUGAAAGGCUCUACUUUAGAGGAAAUUUAUUCAAAUGUAGCUUUAGAAGCAAAUUAUUGGCUUUCUAUACUUUAUGAUCAAGGAAGAGCUUUAUCUUUGAGUGAAUUAUUUGAAUUAAUUGGGGAAAGUAAAAAUAUGAGUAGAGCUUUGGAAGAUUAUGGAAGUCAAAAAUCAACAUCUAUUACAACUGCUAAAAGAUUGGCUGAGUUUCUCGGUGAAGGAAUGGUCAAAAAUCGUGGAUUGGCUUGUAAAUUUAUUGUUUCUCGAUUUCCAAUUGACGAACCCGUGACGGAAAGAACUAUCCCUCAGGCUAUUUUCGAUUCAGAACCAAACAUUAGAAGUAGAUUUUUGAGGCGUUGGACAAAAUGUUCACAUUUGGAUUUUGCUGAUGAAAAUGUUUUUAGAGAGGUUUUAUUUAUGCUUUUUGGCAAUCUUAAUAUUAUCUUCCAUUCGUUUUUUUAUUUUCCUUGUUUUGAGUCUACUGUUCUAGUACUUGAAUUUAGGCCUUCCCUCCCAGGAAGGUUAAUAGAUUGGCAAUAUUAUAUUGAACGCCUCAACAGUUGUAUUCAAAAAAUUGUAACAAUUCCAGCAGCUCUACAAGGAUUGCCUAAUCCAGUACCUAAAGUUCCACAUCCACAGUGGUUAGAAAAUAAAAGGAAAGAACGUGUUGAAAUGCAUAUACAACCAAGAAUAACUGAUUUAUUUAAGUCAAUUCCUACAAAUACACCAAAAAGUAAUAAAACAAAAAAUCUUCAGUCAACGCCAUGGUCUCUUAAAAGUAAAAAAUCAACAACAACAAAUAUUGAACAAAGUAGAAAAUCACUUUUUGGAAAAGAAAGGGAAAAUAAGGAAGAUGAUAAAUUGUUACAAAUUUUGAACGAUGUUGAUGAUUUUGAAAAUCAGCCAUCUACUAGUACUUCUUUAAUUGAAAAACAACAAAUAUCUACUACUACAAUAAUUCAACAAAAUGAAGAAGAAAUUAUUGAAAUUGAUGAACAAGAGAUUAAUAUAGUGGAAAUAACACAACAGCAACAACCAAGUCAACCAAAAAAUAAGAAAAAUAUUAAAAAACCAGAAAAAUCAAAAAUUGCAAAACAACGGGAAGCUAAACGUUUAGCAAUUUCACAACAUUUUUUUAGACGUUUAAAUAGAGCUGAUUAUGAUUUGAAUAAACAAAGUUUGGUUAGAAAGACUUGGAAAGAAAAUGGGUUUAGUCAAUGGUUAAAUUAUCUCAAAGACUUGUGGCGUUUUCAAUAUUUGGCAAGAAAAAGAGAGGAAGAAACUUUGGAAGCAGACAAUUCACUUGCAAAUAUCCCUUCAACAAGUACAGCAAUAUUGGGAGGAGGACCUGUAGUUAAACGAAAACAUUGUUGGCAAAUUAUUCAGAUUUUAGAAACCAAAUUUCCUGGUCAAUUUACACUAUUUGCUUUAGUAGAUGAUAUAAUUAGACGAAUUAAUUUAAUAGUUCCUCGAACAGUUUAUGUCGACGAUAUUGAAAUUAGACAAAAUUCAAUAGGCCAAUUAGUACAAAAAUUGUUACCACGUCAAAGGCCUUCAGCUAAUUUAUAUGAAUUUUGUAUUGAUGAAGCUGUUUUUUCUACUAAGAUGAUCGAUUUAAAUGUGCAAAUGUGUUUAAUGAGAAUUAACGGAAUUUAUGAAACUAAAAUACCUUUAAUGUUUAAAACAAUAUUUCAUAGUGGUGUAAAUUGUAAUGUUGAUGGGAAAAAUAUUAAUAAUGAAUUGAGUUUGGAACAAAUUAAUAAGAUUGAUAACCCUUCAAUUUUUCAAUUUUCUGAUUUCAAUUUUUCAACUUUACCAAUAAUUUAUUUAUAUGAAUAUUUACAUUUGGGACGGUUAAUUUUAUCUGUAUUUAUGCCAAAAUUUGGAAAAGCUUUUAUUUUUGUUGUAAAUAGAGAACCUGUUGAUUUGUUAAAUUUAAAUAAUUUUUAUUUGAAUGAAUUGAAUCGAUUUAUAAAUCAAAAAUUAAUUAACGAAGAUGAAUUUAUUGGUUUAGAACAAUGCAAAAAAAUUUGUUCAAUAGAAACCUACCAAAAUACAUCAAUUAAAGAUUGUUCUCGUCAACUUUCAAAAUUAAUUACGAGCUUAAAAUUAACAAAUGUUGAACCUUUUUUACUUUUAAUUCAGUCUAAUAGAUUAACAAAGCAAUUGUUAAAGGAUUUCCCUUCACUUGUUGCCUUCCCUAACGUUACUUUAAAGGUUACUGAACCGUCUAAUUUAAUGAAUAUAUUGGAUUGGGCUAAUACUAUUGUUAAACGAUCUGUUCAACACUUUUUUAUUUGUUUUACUUAUUUGAAGGAAUACUGGUCAUUUUCUUCUUAUUUGGAAAUUCCAAUAGGUAAUUUACCUGAAGAUGUCUCUUCAUUUGGCUUGGAUAUUUUAUUUGCUCGUCAAUUAAAAACAAAAAAUUAUUUAUUGUGGGCAUCACCAUCAUUAAUUCCAGAUUUUGGUGGAAAAGAUUUGGAUGAUUUACGCCUAAGUAAUGAAUGGGAAAAUUGUUCUUUUACUGGAAAAUGUUUUGGUGGAGGAGGAGAAAAUUAUUUGAUUAAUAAAGAAAUAUUUGAGGCUCAUUAUAUAACAGCAGAAAUAUCAAUUGGAGCAUUAGCAGUAACCGCCUUAUUACAAUCUGUUAAAAUUUCUGAAGCAGAAGGAACAUCAGAAUAUAUUGGAUUUACUUGUAAUAAAUUAUCUACUUUGUCUAUUGAAGAAUUAAUUAAUAGUCGAAUUGGAGGGAAAUAUAUUAAUGAUUGUAUUGCUGUAAAUGGGGAAUUGGCUUGUUUAAGAGAGAUGUUCCAUCGUUUAGUUAGAGACAUUCAUUAUCGAAAAAAUUUAAUUGCUGAUCAAUUGGUUAUUAAUAUGCAUAGAUGGAUAUGUGAUCCAAAUUCUUUAUUAUUUAAUCCAGCAAUUAAAAAUGCUUUAACCAUUUUAAUGAAAAAAUUGUGUUUACUUUUAGUUGCAGAAAUGCAACGACAUUCCCUACCUUUUGCCAAAUCUUUUGUAAAUUCUUUAUUAAUUGAAAUUAAUCAAAAACCAAUUUUUGCUUCUUUACAAUUAGGAUUAAUUCAUUUUUCAAGUGUUUUGUUGUGGAUAGAUUCUUCUAAUUAUGCUUAUGUUUAUGCUAGUGAAGAUGAGAAAAAGAAUGGACGUGUCGAAGCAAAAUUUGGUUUAGCAAAUAAAAUACAAGGAGAAAUUAAAAAUAAAUUUAUUAUAAUGAUUGCUGGUUUUGUUGGAAUGUUGUGGAAUAAAAGGAAGGAAUUAAAUGAUGAGGAUUUAAAUAAUAACCCUCAACUAAUUUCACAAAUUUCACUAAAAAUUUUAAAAGAAGAAAUUGUUGAUAGUUUAUUUCGUUUAACAACAAAAUUAAUUUUAUUGAGACCAAAAUUGGAAGAAAUGGCUAAAGAAAAUUUUUGUUUAGAUAUUCCUUUGGAAUUUGUUAAUUGUAUAUGUCGAGUUUUGAGUGUUAAUUUAGCUUUGGAAGAAGUUGUGGAUAAUUUAAAGAGUCAAUUAUUGCUAAUUAUAUACAAGGAUGGCAUAAUAUCAACAAACAAAAACAAUUGGAUUCCCCCAACUUGUGUCAUUUUGGAAAAUAUUUUUUGUCAAAAAUGUUCACAAAAUGGUGAUUUGGAUGUUAGCAAUGAUUUUGUUAAAGGAGGAGAAAAACAAGGAAAAGAAGCCAACACCAAUAAUUUGCCAUUCCUUUGUCUUCAUUGUGGAAGUGAAUAUCCUUUAAGUUUAAUUGAGGAAAUGUUGGUUGAACGAGUUUCAAGAAUGCAGACUUCUUUUGCACUUCAAGAUUGGCAGUGUGUUUCGUGUAAAAAGAUUGGAGCGAAUUUUUUGCAUCGUCAUUGUGAAUGCAGUAACAAAUUCGAAUACACAUUAAAGACAGAGGAGCUGAUUCGCAAUCUUGAGAUGGUGAAACGUGUAGCGAUUAAACAUAAAUUGGAGAAUUUGGAAUAUGUGAUUGAACAUGUUACUCGAUGCCUUCAAUAA